AUGGAAACCAAACUGUUUUCUAUCAUUCUCUGUUUGUUGGUAUUGGAGGCGACCGGCUCAAGUCUGAAAAACCAAACAUCAAUUCAACAUCGUACGGAAAACGCAUCCGCAAGGUCGUUGUCAACUCAACCGGUAACAUUUACUAUCUUUUUUGACUUUUUUGGCUAUGGCAGACAACUUUACAACUACAUUUACUCCCGCGUUCCACUGAAUGAAAAGGGAAGCCAGUUUGCUUUUCUGAUGAUUGCGCGCAGUGAAGCCAAACGCUGGGAAGUUCCGAAGCGAGUGGGCGAUUACCUGAAUGCCUAUUACCUCCCAUCUUUGAAAACAGCCCAGGUUUAUCCUCAGGACGCGCAAUCGAACCUGGUCAUUGCGGGAGUGACGUAUAACAACAAGCCCAAAUCGAAGGAUAUUCCCUUCCACGCCGAGCAGAAGAUCAUUAACGUCAUGUACAUAAUGGAUAGAUUUUAUGAAAGGGUAUACGGCAAAGUUUGCCCGUGGCUUAUUCUUCUUGGCUCAGCCUUUGAUACCUGUUGUGGAAAAGGCCAUGACG